AUAACUGAAACCCGGAAGGUGGGUUUCAGUGAAGCAACAAAAGGACACGGUGACAUUGGUAAACAACACCACACGCCUCCUGCCGUCGAACACCCUGCAUGGUUGCGAUGACGUUCAAGUCAUGAGAUAACUGACCGUCCGUCCUCAAGUCCCUCGAUCAUGAGUCGACCUCGGGGAGACUCCUAUCGGCUUGGACCAUCGUCCGACCUGGACAUUAGCUACCACAUACGGAUUGCACUCAUCGGGGAUGCGGGUAUCGGCAAGACGAGUCUGUUGCUAAGGUACGUUGAUGAGGGCACUGGCUUGAGAUCGACCAAUCCUGACCACUCGGUGGAUGUCAAAACUAAAGUGAUCACCAGGAAUGGACGAUGGAUUAAACUGGAUAUCCAAGAUACUGCAGGUAUGGAGCGUUACAGAAGUCUAACUAAGUCCCAUUACAACACCAUCACCGGUGCACUUCUCUUGUUUGAUCUGACCAAUGAGAAAUCAUUUCAGCACGUACUUUACUGGUACGAAGAUCUUAACAAGUACGCUUCAGCACCCCAAGCAGUUCUUGUAGGAACCCGCUGCCACAAGAAAGGAGACUGUGAAGUGAGUGAGGAGAGCGUAAAGAGACUCGCUGAGCAUCUGGACAUCCAGUACGUUGAGACAAGCUCAGAGAAGAACAUGAACGUCGAGACGUGCUUCGAGAGUCUUGUUGAUAAGAUUGUCGAGAAACAUUCGGAGAGAGUGAAAGUGACGAGUAAGAAGCCUGGGGUGAGGCUGGAGGAUGAGACUGAGCCACCGUGCUGUGGAUGCUGGAUGUCUUCUAAGAAAGAAACGGAGCGGUAAUAUCAGGGACGCGAUUUCUUCGUUUUAACCAGAAGUCGGCUUUUUUUACCUUCUCCAAAAGAGAAGAAAACAAAUAUAUAAUUUUUUUAUUGCAGUACCCGCUGCUAAAACAUAGGA